CUGACCGGCAGCCUUCUCAAACAUGAGUCCAUCUGCUCCACAGGUUUCACUUACUCAAACCAGUCGAGCUACUUCUUCUUUUGGAUUGGACAGUGUUUUGUCACACGAGUGAAGUCUUGUUGGGAAGUAAUGGAUUUAAUUUCUCUCCGGAGUCACUCUUUGAGGAAAGGCUGACCAACGUUACGCAUGAGCCGAAGCUGGAAGCCUUCAGACAUCGCAGCUCAUCGUGAUGGAUGAAACAUCGCCUACAACGGGGAAUACAAAAUAACUGGAAGGUUCUUUAAGGAGGCGACUGGAGACUUGCAAGAUUGGCAGAACCCAUUAAGAAGCGGUCUGUAAAAGCAUAUCCUGGCACAGCUACAUCCAAGAAUGAGGAUCAAAUACACAAUAUCCAUCGUCUUUUUUGUGGCACUUGUUAUCAUUGAGAAGGAAAACAACAUUAUCUCAAGGGUGUCAGAUAAGCUCACCUUAAAGCAGACCCCCCAGACCCCUCUACAGCCCAGUGGUUUCUCCCACAUACUGCUGAAGCACAAUGGUUCCUUUACCUCACACAGCAAGUUGGACUCUGCCUUCACGCUGAUGAAGCGGCGCCUGGAGGACUACAGCCAGCACCAGGAGGCGGUGACGGGGGGCAGGAAACACAUCCUCCUGUUAGCCACCACCAGGACGGGCUCCUCGUUUGUGGGAGAGUUUUUCAACCAGCAGGGCGACAACAUGUUUUACCUGUUUGAGCCGCUGUGGCACGUGGAGAAGAUGUUGACGCUGGAGACCGGCGGCACCAACGCCACGGCGGCAGUUAAGGCGUACCGCAAUGUGCUCCAGCAGCUCUUCCUGUGUGACUUCUCCCAGCUGGAGAGCUUCAUAGACCCCCUCCCUGUGGACCAUAUCACCGCCGCUCUAUUCCGCAGGGAGUCCAGCAGCUCUCUCUGUGAGGAGUCAGUCUGCAGCCCCUUCAUCAGGGGGGUCUUUGAGCGUUAUCACUGCAGGACCAGACGCUGCGGUCCCCUGAACUUGACCAUGGCGUCUGAGUCCUGCCUCCAAAAGGAGCACAGGGCCAUCAAGUCAGUGAGAGUGCGUCAGCUGGAGAACCUCCGUCCUCUGGCUGAGGACCCGCGCCUUGACGUGAAGUUCAUUCAGCUGGUUCGGGACCCUCGGGCUGUACUUGCCUCGCGUAUGGUGGCCUUUGCAGCCAAAUACAAGAACUGGAAGCAGUGGGCUAUGGAUGGGGAAGUUCCAAUCGAUGAUGACGAAGUGAGAAAGCUGAAAGGGAACUGCGACAACAUCAGGAUGUCGGCUGAGAUCGGCCUCCGUCAGCCACCGUGGCUGCGCAGGCGUUACAUGCUGGUGCGGUACGAGGACAUCGCCCGGUUCCCCAUGAGGAAGGCAACGGAGAUGUACAGGUUUACCGGAAUCCCGUUCACUCCACAAGUGAAAUCCUGGAUCCUGAAGAACACACAGGCCUCCAAGGAGACCAGCGGUGUUUACUCCACACAGAAAAACUCCUCAGAGCAAGUCGAGAAGUGGAGGUUCACGUUACCAUUUAAAAUAGCCCAGGUUGUGCAGAAGGUUUGUGGACCAACGCUGAAGCUUUUUGGGUACAAAUUUGUAAGCAGUGAAGAAAUGCUAACAGAUAAGUCUAUUAGUUUGAUUGAGGACAAAGUGUUCAACUUUCUAUAGACUUGUUACGGACAUCAACUCUGAACUCAGAUCCAGGAAAAAAAAAAAAAAACUUUCAGAAAACUCUGAAAUUACAUAUUUAUUAGGGCAAUUUAUCCUCAUACAGAGAGCCAUAUAUGUUAUGAAUGUGUGCUAUUUAAAGGUUUGUCAUAUUUAAAAUAGUUUAAUGAAGAAAAUGUAUUGUUGAGCAGAAAGUUCAUAUACAACUUUUAAAUAUUGAAGCAAGGGUGUAUAUAGAGACUUUACAAAUGGGGGAAAUAGAAAGCUAUCUUUGUUUUUGCACUCCGAACUAUUUUUUAUGUCCAAACUGUAUCGUUGGCUUGAUUUGCAAAGCCUGUCCAAAUUUAACUUCUUAGCAAAUAUAGGAAAAUCCCGCUGGAGAUAGCUCAGGGUUUGUGAACAACAGCGAACUGUUUUAAACACUUCCAGGAACCUUCACGAGUUAUUUUCUUUCAGCAACUUGAGUUUGCAACGUAGGCUGCUUUUACACCAAAGGAACUUAAAACGAAAUGUUUAUGCAAAGCCAAAAGAAAGUCAAAAAAUAAAAGCUUUGGCAGGAAGAGGAAAACAACAAGGGUUUCCCAAAGUUAUUUCUACGCAUGAGACUUAGUCUCUUAAUUUAUUUAUUUCUUCUUUGCCAAGAGUCAUAAUGACUCUAGCUCUGAAUGCGCACAGGCUCAUUCGCCCCCUGCCGGGGCUUUUCUUGCACACGUAUACUGUAGUUUGCUGUACAUGCAUGUUUAUAAUUGGCCAAAAGUGUUUGAAGUUGUCCUCGGGAUCGGAAGGAUCCGUUCUGUAAAAACAGAUGUUUACACUGCCACCGUAUGCGGACAUUCCAACUGCAGCUGGUUUGCAGUAUUGUGUGAGGUUUGUCGGCAGGUCUGUCUGUUGACUCAAGUCUCUCGGCUGGUGAUAAAAAGAGGACCCGAUACU